UAUUUACCUCUGAGUGUGCGCGUCUACAAACCAACCACAUAUCCGAGCUUAGUCCACUACAGGCUUCCAAACUCAAGUCCUCUGAUCAUGGCGGCUAAGGGUAGCGAAACCCUUGAAGGUUUCCGAAAGGGUGGCCGCAGGUUAUACAUCUCCGAACACUACUCCGACCUCACGAUCGUUUGCAGGAAUGGUAUCUACAAGAUUCAAAAGGCGGUGAUCUGUCCGCGGUCGGCCUUCUUUGCGACGGCAUUGCGUGGUCUGGGCCGGGAAACGGAAGAAGUGGAGAUCGAUCUCUCUAUCGAGGAUCCUAAGAUGGUGGAGAGGAUGAUCUGCUUCUUCUAUAACCUAGAUUACCUCCCUAAAUCGCCCAAUAGCCCCCUCCAAAAGUACUCAAAACGUGACAUUGACCUGGGCUGGGCGCGUGGAACCUUCUGUAUUAACCAUAUCACUGAGAACGUUCUCAAGAUCCACGCUUUGAUGUAUGCGAUGGGCGAUAAGUACGGAUGCUCGGAUCUCAAGAUCACUGCCAGAGCCAAGUUCGAAGCGUUCCUGGAGUGCUCCUCCUCAGGCUGCUCAGGGUUGGUUGAUGUUAUCCCGGUUGUCUUUGGAACGACGCCCGAUUCCGACCUGGCCCUACGAGAUCUUAUUGUCGAAGAAAUCGUGAGCAAAGACUACCUCACAUUCGACAUCGUUGAAGACGUCGUGGGAAAGACCGAUGGUUUCCCGUAUGCGAUAUUGAAGGCUAUGAAUCUGCGUCAAUCUAAAUAA